CCAGCAGCCCACGAGAACACUUGGAACGGAGAAGCAAGAGAGAUCUGCGGGCUUGGAAGUUGGCCGGAUGGUUAAAUCCAACCUCCAGACGAUACUAAAUAGCCACUGUUUUGUCAGAGAAAAAGAGAGAAACAUAUCCAAAAUGCCAGUUAAACAGACCUGUAAUAAACCGGAAAGUGAAAGCUCCAGUAGUCCUUGCCGGGGGCCUCUGAGCGUCAGUAACCUGGGUCCAGGGCCUCAGUGGUGCUCCGAUGACCCUCUCCCACCAUUGAAGAUCCCAGGUGGGCGAGGGAAUGACCAGCGGGAUCGCAAUCUCUCAGCCAAGCUCUUCUACUCUGAUGCUCAGCUGCUGGUUCUGGAGGAGGCCCCGCCCCCCAACAGCCGCGUGCGCUUCCUGCUCUUCGAGUCUCGGCGCUCGGAGGGGCGGCGCGGCGCGUGGAGGGGGGCGUUGAAGGGGGGGAGCAUCUACAUCGAGAUCCCCCCCGGAGCCCUGCCAGAGGGCUGCAAGGACAGCUUUGCGCUGGUGUUGGAGUUUGCGGAGGAGCGGCUUCAGGUGGAUCACGUCUUCAUCUGCUUCCACAAGAACCGAGACGACCGAGCAUCCCUACUGCGUACUUUCAGCUUCCUAGGUUUUGAGAUUGUGCGUCCAGGCCAUCCCCUUGUCCCCACACGCCCCGACGCUUUCUUCAUGGCUUACAGCAUCGAGCGCGACUCCGACGAGGAAUAAACCUCCCCGAUCUCGCACACUAUCGCUUCUAGUGUUUGUCCCUCUAUCCCUCCCUCCCUCAACUCCCCCCCCCCCCCCCCCCCUUCCUCACUUAAAGUAAUUAUACAAACUCUUAAUAUGGAGGUUUCCUGUGAAGUUGUUUUUCCUUGUUUAUGACCUGUAUGAUGUGCUGUAUUGCGAUGACAUUUGCACCAGUGUACCAUGUUGAGAAGCAGGAAUGUACCAACUACCCAGUAAACCAGGGGGUGCUUAUCCCACCACUGUAGUAAUUAUCCAUGAUGCUCUUUAAGUGUCUGUGUUGAUUUCUCUCCUCCUCUCCUUCCAUCCACCUCUAUGAUCAUCUCUAGGAUGUAGUAUUUAUGGUUAAGAUUCCAUGCAUCAUAUCCGUGUAAUUUGUUUGCGUGACCAUCUUGCAUCAUGAUGUUGAUUUUUUUUAAUUUUAAUGUGUGCAUGAAUAUUGAUUUUCUUAGUUUUGAGUCGAUGAUAUUUUGCAUGAUGUACCAGUGUGCUGAAUAAAAAGCUUAUCAGCU